UUGGUCACCUCUGCGUAAGAGAGGAUGCUUUCCUGCGCUUAAAGUUGUGCGCUUUUUAAACCGAGCAGAGGGCAGAGGUGUUCAGACCACACACACACAGGGAUCGAGACCCACGAGCGGAGCCGAGCAGAACCGAACCGAGUGGUCCAGUGCGCACCAAGAGACACAGCCUCUCCAAACCGAAGCGCACAGAUCUAGGGGAAGAGGAGCGAGUUCGCAGAGACAUGACGCUGCCAACAGUGCGACAACUUUUUAUUGUAUGCUUAUUCUGGUUUCUUGGAUGUUGCAGCUCCACAGAUGCCAGCCCUUACGAUCAGUGGGAAGACGACAUCGAGUUCAGAAAGGUGCGUGGCAUCCAGGGUGGUGAUCUGAAUGACGUCUUGUGGAGAGACCAGGAUGAGGAACAAGUUCAGAAUGUUUUCAAAAGAUUUCUGUUUCAUUACUCCAAAGCACUUGACUCUGUAGGAGCUGUACAGCACGAGACUUGUUUCAUCAAAAUCCAUCCAAUUAUUCCCUGGAAAAUCUCAAUCUCACGUCUCACUCAGUUCACCCUCUGAUGCGACUUUCGCCAAAGCUUUCCCAGAGGAGAAGGGUUCUACUUUUGAAGAUUUGAGUGCUGCCAGAGGGGCUGUUGUAAAAGACCAGUCUGAAGAACAAACAAAGGAAAAUCAGAUCUGACAGAAGAAGAGCAGCAGCGGGCAACUUCUCCGGACGCUACCUUCAAAAAACUGAUGGGACAACAAAUCUCCGAAGUGGCUGACGGCCUUUUGUGACCAGAAAAAAAUUAUUGUAUAGAUGGAAAAAAAUAACAGAGUUGCUGCCACGUGUCUUCCUGCUUCCAAAUGUCAACGUGAAAUGUUUCUAA